AUGCCCAACCAAUACAAACCAACUCCGCCUCUCGACGAGAUUGCGCCCCAUAUACUUCGGUUAUGGAAGGCGCGUCUGACAGACAAGCAGAUCGUGGAUGGCUUACAGAAACAUAUUGACACUGAACAUUUUGGACUAGGCCUUACAAAAUUUGUGCAGAUUCGUGUUGGAAUGGGGCUUCAACGAACUCGCCAACAAGGGCAUAGCAUUGAAUCCAUUCGCGAAGCUAUGCUUGAACUACGUCCGAUAUAUCCCAAUGCUGGGGCGCGGGACAUAAUCAGUCUACUGUUCCAUGAAAAAGGCAUGUGCGUAGCCAGGACUGUAGUACGAGCAUACUUUGCUACUUACGAGCCCGAACUUGUCCGGGAACGGAAAGCACGACGUCUGAAAAGGAAACGUUUUUGGGCUGCGGGGGUCAAUGAUUUAUUUGCUGUAGAUCAGCAUGAUAAGUGGCUAAGAUUCGGCCUUGGUCUUCAUACUGGGAUUGAACCUUUUUCGGGGCGCAUUAUGUGGAUUCGUGUGUGGCAUUCCAACAGGAACCCGCAGCUGAUUCUCAGCUACUACUUGGAUACAAUUCAGAAUCUUGGUCACAUGCCUAUGGUGACUCAAAGCGACCCUGGUACGGAGAACUAUGGCAUCGCAAAUGCCCACACGAUGCUACGGCAAUGGCACGAUCCCGCGCUCCAAGGCACACUCCAGCAUCGUUGGAUGCGGUCAAAUAAGAACGUGAUGCCUGAGAUUACGUGGUCGCAGUUGCGCCGCCGCUUCACUCCCGGCUUUGAAUCAAUAUUGGAACAGGGAGUUAAUGAAGGUUGGUAUGACAGCAACAAUACUCUACAAGUAAUGGUAUUCCGUUGGGUUUUUGUUCCGUGGUUGCAACGCGAGCUCGAUGCAUACCAGGAUCGCAUUAACAACACAUCAAAGCGGCGUGAUCGCAAUAAGGUACUUCCGCACGGUGUUCCUAAUCUCAUCUAUGAGUCGCCUGAAGAUUUUGGGGCUCUGGACUUCAAAAUCACUGUAGAACAAGACGCUAUUGAUCGUGUUCGAGCACUGUAUAUCAAACCCGGCCACCCCGUCUUCGACCUUGUGCCUCCCAAUCUGGGUGAUUACAUUCAGCUUUGCUAUGAACGAAUGGGCCAUCCCAUUGUCAACCGUGGCUCGGUGUGGCCUGUGUAUCGUGAUUUGCUCCAUAUGCUCCAGCAUGGCGCCGACAAUCCCACACUACUCGAAAUCUCUGGUGACGACGACGAGGAAUCAGAAGAAUUGCCCCUUCUCGAUAACUACCAAGACCUGCCAUUUAACGAGGACGGUUACUACAUGGGGGGCGUUGGUGGUGGCAUCAGGAAAAAGGGAAAAAGUCUUAGCCAUCUUACCUCACUUACAGAGACUUAA